ACGUAACAUUCUCUUUCGAGACCGCAGUUGCGCUUCUAACCAGAGCAAACGUUUGUGCUUGUUCUCGUCUGAGCUAAGGCCAAAUUUAAGGCGACUUGCACUUAAAAACCACUUACAAAUCCACCGAUAAACAUGUCGAAGGCAGAACUCGCUUGCGUUUAUUCCGCUUUGAUCCUCAUCGACGACGAUGUCGCCGUUACUGGUGAAAAGAUCCAAACUAUUCUUAAAGCUGCUAGUGUUGACGUUGAGCCCUACUGGCCUGGACUUUUUGCCAAGUCAUUGGAAGGAGUCAAUGUCAAGGAUUUGAUCACGAACAUCAGCAGUGGUGUUGGUGCUGCACCUGCAGCCGGUGCUCCAGCACCAGCAGCAGCUGAAGCUGCUGCGGCUCCUGCGGGAGGUGACAAGAAGAAAGAAGAGAAGAAAAAAGAGGAAAGUGACAAUGAGUCUGAAGACGACAUGGGAUUCGGACUUUUUGAUUAAACAUUUCUGGGUGAUGUACUGUGUAUGAAAGGAGUGUACAUUCAUGAAUGUCUUUAUUUUACAAUAAAUUUUAUUAAAAAGGAA